AUGACGACGACGACGCUAAUACAUGGUGUUAAGAAUGGGAUACAAGAAGUUGGAGUAGGGGUGAUCCUUGAUUUGGAUUCCAAUGUCGGGAAGAGUAGUCGGGUUUGCAUUAUGUUGGCUCUUGAAGAGUUGUAUGGAACACAUCAAAACAACUUCACAACUAUCAUUCAACCACACUUCCGCGAUUCAAAACACGACGACUACCAAGCUGCUUCAGCUGCCAUAGACCUUAUAAAAAAUAGCCAAGUCAUGGCACUUCUUGGACCCCAACAAUCGUCACAAGCAGAUUUUGUUCUUGAGAUUGCAACUAGAUUCAAAGUUCCAGUAAUAUCUCCAGCGACAAGUCCUGAUUUCUCUUCAAAACAAAACCCUUACUUCAUCCGUAUAGCAGAUUCUUCCUCAACACAAGCUGAACCCAUUGCAGCCUUAAUCAAGUCAUUGGGUUGGACCCAAGUUGUAUUUAUUUAUGAAGAUUCUGAUUAUGGAAGAGGAUCAAUUCCGUAUUUAUUCAAUGCCAUGGAGAAUGUUGGUACACAAGUCAAGUGUUCUAUCCGUUUCUCCACUUCAUUUACGAACAAUCAAAUUUUACAAAAACUUUACAAGUUAAAAUCCAUGCACCUCCGAGUUUUUGUGGUACACAUGUUACCCCCUCUCGCCUCACGCUUUUUUGAGAAAGCAGGCGAAGUUGGAAUGAUGGAUCAAGGAUAUGCGUGGAUCAUCACUGAUGUGCUCACCAGUCUAUUACAUCAUUUGGGUCCUCGAGAUUUAGAUUAUAUGCAAGGCGUGAUAGGUGUAAAGCCUUAUAUGCCACGAUCCAACCUACUAAAUAACUUUGAAAGAAAAUGGAGAAUGAGGUUUCAAAAAGAAUACCCAGAUGAAAUGGAUAGAUUUGAACUUGAUGUGUUUGGGGUAUGGUUAUAUGACUUUGUUUUUGCUCUAGCAACCACGUUAAAGAGAGUAGAAGCUGAAUCAUGUCAUAUUGGAACCUUGGAAAUGAGAUCUAGAAUCCUUCCAAUGAUCCAAAAUGUAAGGCUUAAAGGGUUGAGUGGUGAUUUCCGUGUGGUUAAUGGACAAUUACAAACGCCGGUAGUUUACCAAAUAGUGAAUGUGAUUGAGAAUGAGGAGAAACGAAUUGGAUUUUGGAAUAAAAGAAAUGGAUUAUCGAUGCGACUAAAAAAAUCAGAGAGAUUAGAUUACAUGACUACUAACAAAGAUGAUCUUGGAGCCAUCACUUGGCCUGGUGAUACACAAGAAAUUCCUAAAGGUUUUGACCCAGACAAGAAGCUACGAGUAGGAGUUCCAGCUUUUGGCGCGUUUCGUGACUUAAUCUAUGCCUACAUAGAUCCUAUAACCAAUAGGACUAAUGCACAUGGAUUUUUCAUAGAUGUUUUCGGUGCAAUCAUAAAAGCAAUGCCAAAUGCUGUACAUUACGAGUUCUUCGCUUUUGAAAAUCCUGAUAGUCAAGAUUCUGCUGGAAGUUACGAUGACCUUGUUCAGCAGGUUGCUCUUGGGACAUAUGAUAUGGUGGCCGGAGAUGUUACCAUCCUAGGAAACAGAGCAGACAUUGUUGAUUUCACUUUGCCCUAUUCCGAGUAUGGAGUUGGCAUGCUUGUUCCAGUUAAGGUUGACAAUAGAAAGAAUGCAUGGAUUUUCAUGGAGCCUCUGGAAACAAAGCUAUGGAUAACAAUAGGGGCGUUUUUCAUUUACACUGGGUUUGUUGUUUGGGUUCUAGAGCAUCGCAUAAACCAAGAAUUCCGUGGCCCUCCUCGUCAACAAGUAGGAAUGAUUUUUUGGUUUUCCUUCUCUACCCUUGUUUUUGCACAUAGGGAGAAGAUGAUAAACAACUUGUCAAGAUUUGUGAUGAUAGUGUGGGUAUUUGCUGUUCUCGUGUUGUCCUCCAACUACACUGCAAGCUUAGCAUCAAUGCUAACUAUACAAAAACUUGAACCAGCUUUUAAGAGUAUAAGUGAACUAAUAGCAAGAGGAGACUACAUAGGAUGCCAAAAUGGUUCUUUUGUGGGAGAUAUGCUCGUCAAAGAUAUGGGUGUUCGUAAUGAUAAGUUGAAGAAAUAUACACAAUUCCACGAGUACGCAAAAGCCCUUUCAGACGGGAGUAGAAAUAAUGGAGUUUCUGCUAUUGUUGAUGAGAUCCCUUAUCUUAAGAUGUUGCAGGCAAAACAUUGUAACAAGUACUAUAUGGUUGGUCCAAUCUACAAUUCACUGGGUUUUGGCUUAGCAUUUCCAAAAGGAUCACCACAUGUAGCGGAGUUCUCAAGAGCAAUCUGUUCGGUCGUAGAAGGUCAAAUGACAAACAUCUCAAACAAAUGGUUUGGAAACAAAGGCGACUGUCCCCAGCAAAACGAGGCAGUUCAACCUUUUAACAAACUAACUUUGGCUAGUUUUAAAGGUCUUUUUCUGAUCGCUGGUUUGUCUUCAACCUUUGCGUUUAUGGUAUUUUCUUGUUCGUUCUUGUAUGACAACCGAGAGAUAUUAGCGUCCCAGGAUUCGAUGCAGGAGAAGUUGGUCAAGAUCAUACGACGCUUUGAUGCGGCGAAAGACAAGAAAGCAUAUGAAAUACAAACGGAUACAAACAAAAUGUUUGAUAGUCUUGUAUAUGUUGAGGAGACUAUGCCAAAAGCUCCUGUACAAGGUUUAACAUUUGCCGAACAUCAAGGCUAUAGCUAG